AAAUAUAUUAUAUAUGAAAAAUGGGUAUUUUUUGGUCAAGUUUUGUAGUAUCAUUUAAUUAGUGCUCUUUAAACUCCACCUUUUUACCUACAAGGGAUUAUUUACAAUAAAUGUGAUUCCCAACGCAAGAAACUUAGUGCACACUCCAAAAUAGUUGAGAGAAAAGAGGGAUCCGGUAACGAAGAAAUGAGACGGCACUUGCGCCAUUCUUCCGCCUACAACGAGAAAUCCGGAUCGCAAGUUUCAUCAGAGUCCAGAUCGGAAGAAUCUCUCUUAGCAUCACGGAGAAGAACUCUGCAAUCCACACACAACUCCAAAUCCGAAACCCUAGCCGAGAGAAACAGCAUAGCACUCCAGCUCUCGGACGCUGCACUCCAGGAACUAGGUGACGCAUCUUGACAGUAGCGCACCACAAGUCGCACACACCAGUCUAAGCACUUCAAAUUAAUUACGAGAGUAUAGACUUUAUCCCUUAUGAUUUAGUUUUUCUUGGAUUAAUUGCUUACUGUUGUUGGCAUCUACAAUUUUGCAAUUCCGUUUAGAACCAUUGGAAGUGCUUGAGCUGCUUUAAAUAUCUCAAUGUUUCAAUCUUCAUUUGCUAUGCUGGGUGUUUCACAAUUCUACAUCAUGCUUGAGUAAAUUCAAUUGUCUUGA